CCCAAAACACACACACACACACACACACGGGCUAGCACAGAGCUGUAAUGAAACUGAACCAAAAAGCUCAUCUACAAACUGAAUUCACAAUGUUCGGCGUACAGAUUUUAUCGGUGAAUUAGUUACCGACACGGGGAAACUAAGUUAAUGCUGGUGAGCUAAGCAAGCUUUGGGUUCUCUUCGACAACAUGAAUUUGAGAGGACUCUUUCAGGACUUCAACCCCAGUAAGUUCCUGAUCUACUCCUGUCUGCUGCUCUUCUCCGUGCUGCUGUCGUUGAGGCUGGAUGGGGUCAUUCAGUGGAACUACUGGGCCGUGUUCACCCCGAUAUGGCUGUGGAAGCUGCUGGUCAUCAUCGGGGCCUCCGUGGGCACCGGAGUCUGGGCACACAACCCCCAGUACAGGGCCGAAGGGGAGACGUGUGUGGAGUUCAAAGCCAUGCUGAUCGCCGUGGGACUCCAUGUCCUGUUGCUGAUGUUCGAGGUGUUGGUGUGCGACCGCGUGGAGAGAGGGAACUACUUCUGGCUUCUCGUCUUCAUGCCCCUCUUCUUCGUGUCGCCCGUUUCCGUGGCAGCUUGCGUCUGGGGGUUUAGACACGACCGCUCCCUCGAGGUGGUGUGCGUCCCGCUGUGGAUCCUGAUGUCCUUCCUGUGCCUUGUCGUCCUCUACUACAUCAUCUGGUCCGUCCUCUUCCUCCGCUCCAUCGACAUCAUCGCGGAGCAACGGCGAACUCACAUCACCAUGGCGAUCAGCUGGAUGACCAUCGUCGUGCCCCUCCUCACCUUCGAGAUCCUCCUGGUGCACAAGCUGGACGGCCACAACAGUCUGAGCUACGUGUGUGUGUUCGUCCCUCUCUGGCUCUCCCUGCUCACACUCAUGGCCACCACGUUUGGUCAGAAGGGAGGGAACCACUGGUGGUUCGGCAUCCGCAAGGACUUCUGCCACUUCCUGCUGGAGCUCCUCCCCUUCCUGCGCGAGUACGGCAACGUGUCCUAUGACCUCCAGCGCAGCGAGGACCCCGAGGCGGCCGAGGACCUGCCCGUCCCUGAGCCGCCGCCGAAGAUCGCCCCCAUGUUCCACAAGAAGACGGGCGUGGUGAUCACGCAGAGCCCCGGGAAAUACUUCGUCCCGCCGCCUAAACUCUGCAUCGACAUGCCGGACUAAAGCGCCAGUCUCGGAGCCGGAGGGACGGGGACUGCUGUGUGGACGUGUUCAACUCAUGGAGCCAAAAACAGCAGAGGACACGGUGUUUGGUUUUUAAAAUCUGCUGUCCUGAAGGAUCUGGUCCCCUCACCUAAAACUCUGCAUCAGCACGGCGGGCCAGAGUGACACAUUAGAGCCAAACACGGCCACGGAUCCAGAAUCCUCCCAACACCGGCCGUCUGAAGGUAAAGACUGCCCCGCCUAACCAACGAGGAUCCAGCGGUGGAACCAAAAGAAAGGACGGCUUUGUUUUUCACCUCCAGGUGAAGUUUCACUGUUUUGCUUCAUCCUAAUUGUAUCCAUUCUGACAACGGACAUUUCGGACCGACCAAGGAAGCGUCUCCUAGGAGACACAACCGAGGAGCUGGAUCUGUGUGGACUCCAGUGCUGGACUCCGUACCAGCAGUAGAUGUUUAGCUUUGGGUUCGGACUCGAUGCUUGCCUUCGCUUUGUGAUGGGGACCAUUGAAGAGACUUUGUAGCUUUGGGAUCAGUGUAACCUUUAUUGAUCCUGUUCUCACUUUUUGACCAUGCAGGUGGAGAAAAC